CUUGCUGUGGUCCUGGUCCAUCGUUCUGGCAAUGCAUGGGUGUUUAGUAACCUAAUUUAUUACAGAAUGGCUUUGGUACCCUACAAUGACAGCUCGGCUGUGUUGGGAAAACUACGGGACUCCUCUGCCGAGUUUCACUUCGCCAACCACACUGUUCGUCUGGCACAAGACUGGAACCGCCUGGGGGUAGCGGCGGUGGUGUGGGAUGCAGCUGUGGUGCUGUGCAUGUACAUGGAGCUGGGUCACAUUGAUCUGAAGGGGAAGAGGGCCAUUGAGCUGGGAGCGGGAACAGGACUAGUGGGCAUCGUGGCAGCCCUACUGGGUGCCAACGUGACCAUAACUGACCGGGCCCCAGCUCUGGAGUUCCUGUCCUCCAACGUGGCUGCCAACCUGCCUUCACACCUGCAGGGGGCAGCGGUGGUGUCCGAGCUGACCUGGGGCGAGGGCCUGGUGCGCUUCCAGGGCGGUGGCGGUGAUGGCGGGUUCGACCUGGUGCUGGGGGCCGACAUCGUCUACCUGGAAGACACGUUCCCUGACCUCCUGAGGACGCUGGAGCACCUGAGCGGCGACAGGACCGUGGUGUUGCUCUCCUGCCGCCUCCGAUACGAGAGAGACGAGCGGUUCCUCCACAUGCUGAGGAGGACGUUUGAUGUGCGCGAGGUGCACUAUGAUGAGCAGAGGGACAUUCAUCUGUACAGGGCUACCAAGACCAUACACAGGAGGGACCUCUGAACACUGUGUGUGUGUGUGUGUGUGUGUGUGUGUGUGUGUGUGUGUGUGUGUGUGUGUGUGUGUGUGUGUGUGUGUGUGUGUGUGUCAGGGCUUGACAUUAAAUUUUUUUACCCAUUGGCCACUGUGGCUAGUGGUUUUCCGAGUGGUUUUCCCGAGUCACUAGCCGUUCAGGUAUUUCAUUAGUCACAGAUUUGAUCGUUUUUUUCUGAAUCAUGAUGGUGUACAUCUGACCUCAGAAGAUGAGCUGCUAAAGCAAGAUGAGUGUAUAGAUUUCUACAUGGAAAUAUGUCAAGCAAAUAGAAACAGUUACCAGCAUUUGGCCGGUCAAGCCCUGGUGUGUGUGUGUGUGUGUGUGUGUGUGUGUGUGUGUGUGUGUGUGUGUGUGUGUGUGUGUGUGUGUGUGUGUG